CUUGAGAGACCUCAUCAUCUGUCGUGCAGAGAGUGGCACGGCCGAGCUGAGGCGUAACAUUUUGAAAGGCUGUGUUCACUGGAUAGCCACAGGGAGCGGGGGAUGAGUAAGUUUGGGAGGUUUGUCGGAGCAAAUCACGGAUUUUAAAGUGCGAAAUAACAACAAACAACUGAUAAGUUUUGUCCUCGGAAGAAAUCUUUGGGAGUAGACCAGCAGAGACCUGCAGGAAACCAUUCAACUUCUACCUCCCAUGCGAAACCUAAACAGAAACCAGAUUUACAUCCCAGCAUGGUUGAUCACAGGCUCCAUGGCAUAAAGCCUGUCCUCACACUCAGCCAGUCCCUGCGGAGGAGCUACCCGAGGAGCUAUACUCUGACGCCCCACUGCCAUUUUCCACAGCCCGAGGGGAACCAGGAAGCAGCCGGCAGGAGCCAUGCCUGCCCUGGCCACUGGAGCCGGCCACGAGCCAGGUCUGUACGAGCUGCUGGCCGCUCUGCCGUCCCAGCUGCAGCCGCAUGUCAGCCGCCCCGAGGACAACACCUUCCUCCAGGACAUGUUCGGGGAGAGAAGCCUGCAGUCGCUGGUCAAGAUCCAUGAAUGGCUGCAGAAAUAUGAAGACAGCAAACCCAUACCCGUUCUGGACAACGCUGCAGCUCUGGCCCAUCAUUUAUCUGUGGAGCUGGAGGGGAAAUCAGCCAACGGAGAAAUCAAAGAGCUUCUCCAAAUACUGGCCAAACCCCACGUCAAGAGCCUUUUGUCGGUCCAUGACACCGUCGCCCAGAAGAGUUAUGACCCCGAGCUACCUCCGCUGCCUGAAGACCUCGACGACGAUGAGGAUUCAGUGAAAAUAAUAAGACUGGUGAAAAACAAGGAACCUCUCGGAGCAACGAUAAGACGUGAUGAACACACAGGAGCCAUAAUCGUGGCCCGGAUCAUGAGAGGAGGAGCAGCCGACAGAAGUGGACUGAUUCAUGUGGGCGAUGAGCUAAAGGAAGUCAAUGGAAUCCCCGUGGAUGACAAGAAACCAGAGGAAAUCAUUCGUAUUCUGGCCCAAUCACAAGGAGCCAUUACAUUUAAAGUCGUCCCAGGGGUCAAGGACGAGGCACCAUCCAAAGAACCAAAGGUGUUUGUGAAAGCACUCUUUGACUACGACCCUAAGGAGGAUAAUGCCAUCCCAUGUAAAGAGGCUGGACUGGCCUUCAAGAAGGGCUCCAUCCUUCAGAUCAUGAGCCAGGAUGAUGCGACCUGGUGGCAGGCCAAGCAGGAGGGGGACACCAACCCUCGUGCCGGCCUAAUCCCGUCCAAACAGUUCCAGGAGAGGAGAUUUGCUGUGCCGCGACCCGUUGCCACUGUGCCGUCACAGAAGAUCUCUCGACGAUCAUAUGAUGUGGCUGUAGAGUUUGAGGAGGCCGACUAUAGUAGCGGAUUCAACCUAGCUGGGUUCAGGAGAAGCUUCCGUCUCAGCAGGAGGGACAAGAAGACCAACAAGUCCAUGUACGAGUGUAAGAAGAGCGAGAUAUACGACAUGGCUGACGUGCCCACGUAUGAGGAGGUCGCCCCAUACCGCAGGCAGAGUGGAGCUAAACACCGACUGGUGGCCCUAGUAGGACCCGCAGGAGUCGGCCUGAAUGAGCUCAAGAGGAAGCUGUUGAUCUCAGACCCCCAACACUUCAGUGUGACCAUCCCCCACACCAGUCGAGCCAAGAGGAACCAGGAGAGCGACGGCGUGGAGUACCACUUCAUGUCCAAACACCUCUUUGAGACUGAUAUCCACAAUAACAAGUUCAUCGAAUACGGGGAGUACAAAGGGAAUUACUACGGGACCAGUCUGGACUCGGUACGCUCCGUCCUCUCCAAGAACAAAGUGUGCCUAUUGGAUGUCCAGCCUCAUACGAUAAAGCACCUGAGGACGUCAGAGUUUAAACCCUUCGUAGUGUUUGUGAAGCCUCCUUCAGUCGAGAGAUUGAGAGAGACCAGACAGAGCGCCAAAAUCAUAUCAGGCAAGGAAGACAAGGGAACCGCCAAGCCGUUCACGGAGGAGGACUUUGAGGAGAUGGUGAAAACUGCCCAGACGAUGGAGAGUCAGUACGGCCAUCUGUUUGAAAAGGUCAUAGUGAACGACGACCUCUCGACCGCCUUCGGCGAGCUGCGGCUGGCAUUAAAGAAAGUGGAGAUGGAGACUCAUUGGGUUCCAGUUAGCUGGACUCACUCCUGAGACUGUAAACGGAGAAAAGGGAAGGGAUUUUACACAAAUAUGCAGGUUUUUAUCUUUUUAUGUCUGAUGUGGCUGGUGUAGGGGGGAGAACGGUUAUAAAACAUGACAGGUGGAUCUGUCGCCAUACCUGAGCUGCUCGGAGCUACAAGCUUCUGCCUGGGAUCAGGUUGGAUUUAGACCUAAGCUGUGGUCUGGAUAUGGAUCUCCAGGUUGGACCAGAUCUGAAAGAGUUGAGGCUAAACGGGCCCGUCUAGAAUAUGAGCCUUGGACAUUGAUCUGGGUCGCCCCGCCAUGGUCACAAGUCGGAGCUGUUCUGGUCCAAACCAGAAUGUGCAACCGCCCCGGAUGAUCACGCCAGCGGCAGUCCUGCCAGCACAUCAACCAGGCCUCCAUCUUUAGUGUGUUUUUAACAUUAGACAAUUAGAAACCAAAGGGAUCUACAUAUUUCUUCAUGUUUGACAACUUACAUGCAUAUGUCUGUAAAAGAACACAACCUCAGAGGGGGAGACUGUUUCGCUAUGUUCAUGUGCUUCCAUAAUGCUUCCAAGACUGUUACUCCAAACAUGGACACGUACACUCUCAGCAGUAUGUGUCAUUUUAUUUAAGAGAAAUUAAUAUAUUUUCUGAUAUCCUCCAGUUGUGUUGUUCUGCAAACUUUAAUUACACAUAUCAUAACUUUAAGAGCAACCUGAUCUACAGUUAAGCUCAGUUCUGGCAGGUUUGUUUUGUUUUGUUUUUUAACACUGGAGGCGUCUCUUCUUUCAUUCAGUGUUUUGAUUUAAUCCCCCCAAGUCUAGUUUUUCCCCUCAAAAGCACAUAGAGAGCCAUUUUAUUUAGGUGUUAUAUAUUCCAUUUUAGAGCCUUUUUAAAAAAAAAAAAAAAAACAGUCUUCAUCUGAAGGUGCCCAGCAUAACAGCUUUGCCAUUUAAAGUCCCAGAACUGGACACUUUUGGCUGUCUGCUUGUAGAAAAUGUCCACAAUUGUGUUUUAUUAGGGUGGAGUCUUUAUUUUUAUUCACAUAAAAAAUGGCUUAAGCGCCGCUGCCGUCCAGGUUUUUAACUCUUAAGAAAUGCUGAGUAAUUGCUCCUGAUUUGAUGAGAAUCAGCCGUUUAUUUCUAAUUUUAGUCUCCAAUUCCCAGUCCAUUCUCCCCUUUCCUUUUAUGCCCCUUCAUAGAGAUCAUUUAAGUAAUUAGUCCUGGCUGUGAUUAUCACAACUAUAGCUAAUGAUGUGCAAUUAAUGAGGAGCAACUAAACAUUAAUAAAGGCUGCCACAUAAAAGCCUGCAAAAAAAAUAUAUAUAUAUCAGUGUCUUUCUGACGCUUUUCUAUGACAUAAAAAGAGGCUGCAAGCUGAGCUGCCGCUAGUUGAGUUUCUUUUUAGAUAGGGAUUCCUUUCUUAUCUCAUCAAUUCAAAUAACUCGUAAAAAUGAAAUGAAUGAAACUUUAAAAUCAGUGUAACUUUGGCUGGGGGGCUGCUAUCUUUAAUUUGUUCUUCUCACUCACUGUAUGAGCUGUACGGCCAUCUCAGGUUGCAUCGCCCAAAUUCCUUAAACUCAUUUAUUUUGUGUUUUCCUAAAACUUAAGAUUUUUUUUGUAUUUGAUAUCUGUUCACGUUUAAAAAAGGGUUAUAUGGCGUUUUUAUUCUGUUAUUUAAUGACAUCACACAUUUAAAGGGACGUUAACACCACGCACCUCUUUAUUCUCCCCUUCUUUUAUUCAUGUUAGUAACACAUUAAGUUAACUUUUUAUAUAUAUUAUAUUUAAUUUGUUUCCCUCUUCAUGUGUUGCCUCUCUGUCAUGUGUUUAAUUGACUGGAAUCAGAUUUGUAUAGCAAUAAUUUUAUUUCCUUGCUGUAAAUGAAAUGCUGUUUAUGAGCAAGUUGUACGAUUACACGUUAUUCUUGAUAACUACUACAUUUUACAUUAAAGAGAGCUCAACUCCA